UCCCUUGGUUCCGUGGCACUGAGGAAGUCUGAGAACAUUGAUUUCAAAUUCCACUUCAAUUUCUUCAGCAUUGACUUUAAUGAAGAGUUGGUUGCCUUCUAUGGUGGCAGUCUCCAGAAACAGACCAAGUUUGUGCAUGAAUGCAUUAAAGUAAUUCUGAAGCUCUACAAGGACCAAGAGCUUCCUGUCAGCAGAGUUGCCAUCGUGGGACACUCAAUGGGAGGCCUAGUUGCACGUGCUCUGCUUACGCUGCAAGACUUUAAUCCAGAUCUGAUAAGCCUCAUUAUAACCCAAGCUACACCUCACAUUGCACCAGUGCUGACAGUAGAUCGUUAUUUGUUAGAUUUUUAUGACACUGUGAAUAGCUACUGGCUUCUAAAUGCUAACACUGUGAAAAAUGUAACGGUGCUAUCUGUUGGAGGUGGUUUCCGGGAUUAUCAAGUUCGUUCAGGACUAACCAUUUUGCCAUCUUUGAAUAUCCACAACACUACCAUAUCUGUCGUGAGUUCUGCUGUUCCUCGGGUUUGGAUCUCAACAGAUCACCUUGCCAUAGUAUGGUGCAAAGAACUUGUAUUAUCUACUGUGAGAGCUUUGUUUGAUCUUGUGGAACCAGACAGCAAUCAGAUAACACAGAAUCAAGAAAAGAUGAAGUUCAUACUGAGUCAUCACUUUGUUAAACACACAGCUGUUGACCAUGAAGAAGAAGCUGAUUCUAUGAGCCCAUUUUUUGGUUUGAAAUCUGUCUGGACGGAAAUAGGGUCUUCUUCAUGGUCGUACUCUGGUUCCAAUGAGCCUAGGGGGAAAUAUUUUAGUUUCCCUGUUUUAAGUCACAGAAGAAACUUCAGUCACUUCCACUGUCAAAGCAGUGUUUUGGAUGGGAGUCCCUGGCUUUAUGGCUGCACAAAGAGCGAUAUAUCUGUUUGCCUGGAAGGCAUGGAUUUAUCACUGGAAAGUGAACUGCUACCAACAUUCAAGAUUGUGACUCUGAGUCUGAAUCACUACCUUAACUUGUCUCAUAUCAUUGUUUAUAUCCCAAGAACCAAUGGCAACAAAGAGUUCACUUUGCAUUGCGAGUUCUUUUCAGAAGAGUCCAGAACAGCAACCACACAAGUACCGAAUGUGUUUUCUUUUGGAAUAUCUGCAAGCAAAGUUGAUUUCACUUCCAGUGGUUUGAUGCACACUUUGCAGCUCCAAGACUUUAAUCAGAUAUACCAGGCUUUUACAGUCUAUGUUGAAAGCAAGUGCCACUCACUCACAGAAGAAUUACCCAGUGUGUAUAGAUGGCAUAUUCCUUGGUCCAAUGAAGAUUCUUUUACUGCGGUGAGUGUCCCAUCCAGUGUUGAAAUUUCAGCGAAAUUGCACGUUGCACGCCCAGUGAAUGACAGCUCUGUGUCUGUGCUGCAUCUUUAUACAAGUCGAGAUUGUCAAUAUCAGAUUACUAUACGAACAUCAUUCUUUCAAGUCCUUGGGCAAGUAAUAAGAUUCCAUGGUGUUUGUCUUCCAGUUUACAUUGUUUCUAACAUCCUUCUUGGCUACGGGAGACAGUUAAGUAAUGUUCUUUCAACAGGUCACAGUGUUGAAUUUGAUGUUGCACUGGAUUCAGCUGCUAAACCUUACAAAGUUGACCCUAUCGUGAAUGUUCUUAAACUUCUCUUAAGGUUUACGUGGUUUAACACAGUAUGGGCCUUGCUGUUCUUACCAGAAUUGGAUGCUGUUAUUCUGACAAAUCAAGGCAAUUGGUAUCCACUGGUUUCAUUAUUUCUUUUCCUAUUUGGGACUGGGAUCGCUUACUGGAGUUGCAUCCUGUUUCACUUCUUCCUCAAACUUUUGUCUUCUUUAUGGGGUGCUCUUAGAAGACCCUCUGUUGUCUCUGAACAUGGUCGAUUAAUCACGCCUGGAGGAUUAGGCCUCAUAAUUUUCCUGAACAUCAUCAGCUGGAUGACUUGUGGUGCUUUUGCUCUACUGGUUAUUUACCUUCUUUAUGUAUUCAAGGUUGUUGGUCUGCUGACAUUAAUACGGACUUUGAAAAAUGUGCUCAAUUUGGCCCCCAAACGGAAAGCAGAAAAUGAAAAAGCAGUGGAUUCCAGGAAUGUCCCAGAAAACUGUGGAGUCAAGGAAUGCCCUUUACCAAAUGCCAGGCUACCUGCUCUUGGAAGAGAUAAAUUUGUUUCUGUUUCUGCUAUUGAUGAAGCAGUGGACAAUCUCAGAAUGCACUUCACAGUCUUGAACUUGGUGACAUGGGCUGUCUUGCUUAGUGCACCAUCGUUAACUUAUUGGUUUAAGAAUCUCAGGUAUGAAAAAAGACUUGAUCCAGACCCCUGCAGGCAUGUAGCGACAGUCCUCAUCAUUGCCCUGGGAAUUCUAAUUAAGUCAAGUACUGCAUCCAUGAAAACAAGCAAACUGCUAAAGCAUGUGGCAAGAAUACAGCUUCCGGUAUCUGUUGCAGUGGUGGCCUUUGGACUUGUACAUUUGUACAGAGUUUCUUAUUUUAUAGCAUUUUCAUUAGUUCUACAUGCAUUGUCUUGUUUUGUGUAGUUAUUUUUUAUAUAAAAUAGUCCAUUAUGUAAGAAGCGUUAAAGGAGUAUUGGGUGUUGCCCAGCAGCAAAAGUGUUGAAAAUGUGAAAGAAAAAGAAAUUAUUUUGAAACUUGUAUUGAAUAUGCCCAGAGCUUCCUUUUCCAAAAAUGUGUCUUUCACAUAAAAAUGAUUUAUCAUGAAUUUUAA